CAACUCCGUCCUCAGAUAAUGCGCUCGCACAUCGCAUUCCACAGAUUCAAUGACACAAGGAUAGCUGCCCCUUUGAUAUUUUCAUAAAACUUUCGUUUUCCACGGAGACUCCUGAACAACUGGGAUUCAGCGGGAUAGCCUACUUUGUUUCGGGUUUUUUUACCUUUCCCCCCCCAUAGGUUGGUUGUUUUUGCACUAGUUGUUCCAUUUUCAUUCCAUUUACCUACGGGACUGCAAGGCGUUAUUUUUGUAUAAGCUGUAAAUAGUAACAUAUUUAACGUUUUGAACUUACGUCAAAGUCAACUUUGCACAUUUCAGUGGCAAACUUUAAAAAAGAAAAUCACAGUAGUUUCUUUUUCUUGAACCGAAGUAAAGCGACAAUGGCAGGCACCAGUUCUUUGGACGCAGUUAAAAGGAAAAUUCAGGCGUUGCAACAACAAGCCGACGAUGCGGAGGAUCGGGCUUUGGCUUAUCAGAGAGAGUUGGACUGUGAACGAGAGCUUCGGGAAAAAGCUGAAGGAGAUGUAGCAGCCCUGAACCGUAGGAUCCAGCUGGUGGAGGAGGAGCUGGAUCGGGCCCAGGAGCGGCUGGCCACGGCGCUGCAGAAGCUGGAGGAGGCCGAGAAAGCGGCGGACGAGAGCGAGAGAGGGAUGAAGGUGAUUGAGAACCGGGCAAUGAAAGAUGAGGAGAAGAUGGAGAUCCAGGAGAUGCAGCUGAAAGAGGCCAAGCACAUUGCUGAGGAGGCUGACCGUAAAUACGAGGAGGUGGCCCGUAAACUGGUGAUUCUGGAGGGAGAGCUGGAACGUGCUGAAGAGAGAGCAGAGGUGGCUGAACUGAAGGCCAGUGACCUGGAGGAAGAACUGAAAAACGUAACCAACAACCUCAAAUCUCUGGAGGCUCAGGCUGAGAAAUACUCAGAAAAAGAAGACAAAUAUGAGGAAGAGAUUAAGGUUCUCAGCGACAAGCUGAAAGAGGCGGAGACUCGUGCAGAGUUUGCUGAGAGGACAGUGGCCAAACUGGAAAAGUCCAUCGACGAUCUGGAAGAAAAACUUUCUUCUGCCAAAGAGGAGAACUUGGGAAUGCACCAGGUCCUGGACCAAACUCUACUGGAGCUCAACAGCUUAUAAGAGAAAGAGGAGGAAGAGCCUGGAAGAAACGGAUCACCAUUCAACGACAUUCCACGAAUAUUCGACUCCAUUCCAUGUUUCAAGCUGUAAAGUCCUCGGAAAGAGGGUUUAAAAUGAAUGCUUGUGUCUGUGAUAGGUUUUCUCUCUCCCCCUUCUCAGCUUUACUCUCUUUUCUUAAUGUCUUCACCAAAGGAGGAAAAAAACACCCUCUUAUUCUGAUGAGUUCACAGCAUUUGUGUUUUCUGAAAGAUGUUAGCUGUUUUUUUUUUUUAUUUUU